AUUAUGCUAACACUCAGGCUUUUGAACAGAGGAGUAUCAUGGGUAGGAGGCAUCGUCAAGCGCCCGCUACCGCCAAACGUUGCCGACAACAGAGCCAUUGUCACGGCCUUUGGCCGCAAGGGCCUCUUUGCCUAUUCCAGCGGCUCGCCGGCCAGCUCCAACGAGCUCAUGUGGCUUUCCGCGUUUGCCACAGAAGAGCCGCCGUCAAGAGACAGCAUCACCAUCAAGGAAAUUGCAGCCGAUGUCCGGAAGCGCUACGGGGCCUGGGGGGAUCCCGUCGUCCGCGAUAUCGUCUCCACGGCCCCCAUCGAGACCGUGUAUCCCAUCUGGGUACUGCCAGACCUGCCCCACUGGGGACAAGAUGGCAUUGUUCUGGUUGGCGAUGCCGCGCAUGCCAUGAGCCCGACUACAGCGCAGGGCGCGUGUCAAGCCUUGGAGGAUGCCCAGGCGCUGGCACUCCUUCUUUGCGAGACGCUCCGCAAGGCGUACGACUCGGGGGAAAAAUUGGACAAGGGUGCAGACAUCUGGCCGCAAAAGGAGCGAGAUGCGGUGGAGUUGAGCAUACGACUGCUGUUCACCAUCCGGUCUCCCCGGGUGUCGGGGAUAGCUGAGGCAGGCAGGCAGUUGGACAGGAAGAGGAGGAAUCUGACCAGGUUCAAGGAGUAUGCAAUGUACUUGUUCCUUUGGCUGAUGUUUCGCCUUUCGAGUCUCGGCAAGUGACGCAUUCUCUCUACACCCCGACCCAUUUGCCUGCCUCCUUUUGCUAACAACCUCUUCUAGUGAAACUGUUGACAGGAGACUCUGGCAAUGAGCUUUAUGGUUGGUCGGCAAAGGAGAUGAUUCGGAAGGCAUU